UGACGUAUGUCUCCAACACGGAAGAAGAGGGUGAACGAUGGAGUGAGCCAUGUGAGCCACAGUUUACUGGACCGCAAAUCAAGCUAAAAUGUAUUUUUGGCCUUUCAAGCCUGAACAGAGAAGCAGGUUAAGAUAGGGGAUACCUGAGGGAGACUAAAGCAGCUUUGUUUGAUUUCUUGUUUUAUUAGCACGAGGCAGCAGGUGCCUGUUAAAAGUUUUUUUUUUUACCUCAAUAACUUUUGACUGGGUGGUCACAUCAACAUCCUGCAAGAAAUAAAUUACUGAUGAAAAGCGAAAUAAAAUGGCUUUCGCAAACCUGUUCAGUGGACUAUCUGCUGUGGAAGAAGGUGUCAAAAGUCAACCCGCCUUUACACACAGGAGCGAUACUGAUAGUGGUCAGAGAGGCAAUGCCAGAAAGAGGAAAAUCCAGGUUGAGCAGACUGGACCUUAUAAGAAGAAGCUAUGUUACGAAGCCCAGACAACCAGAAGUUAUAAUGCUGCAUCCUUCAGAGAAGAUGACUCCAAGGCCAAACUCUACCAUAUGCACAACACUGACAGUGAACAUGCAAGCGUUGGCUUUACGAAAGAAGUGAUGCAUAAUCAUAGUUAUAAAGCUGGCCACUAUAACAAAGGUCAGAAUCACAGAACUAAAAAUAACCGUAAUGUGAACAAGCAGCAGCAGCAGCAACAACCGCAGAAAAAGAAACCGGAGGUGCAGAAAAAUCAUCAUCAUCAUCAUCAUCAUCAUCAACAGAAUGAUAGACGGAGACCUGCCAAUAGAGGUGGAAGCCAUCAGACUCAACCUACCUGGGGAAAAGGAGGAAGAUACAGACAAAAUAAAAAUGACAACCAGGGCGUCCAGGAGAAACGUACAAGGAUGAUGUCACAGGAGUUCAAGGACCAGAAUGCCGUGUUGAUGGAUGGGCGGUUAAUUUGUCGACAUUUCCUUUGGGGAAGGUGCAUUAAGGAGGACGACUGCCAACUGGAACAUGUGAAGGGAUACAACAAUCUCGUCAAAGAAGUGUGCAAGUUCUACGUUCAAGGACUCUGCACAAAGGGGGAGAGCUGCCCAUACAUGCACAAGUCCUUUCCUUGCAAGUUCUUCCACAAAAAAGGAAAAUGUUCUCAAGGAGCAGAUUGCAGAUUUUCCCAUGAGCCACUUAAUGACGUCACAAACCAACUGUUGCAUGAGGUAUUUAAACGUGAUGAUGACCUCCAUGAGCUUUCAAAAAAAGCAGAACAGGAGUCGUCAGAACAGCCAGAAAACACAGAUGAGUCAGAAAUUACAGAAGCAAGUAGGACCUUUGAUACACUCCUGCAACCACUCAGGCCUACCUUUUACAACAGCGGAGAAACAAAUGCUGAGGAGGAAACCUUGUUGCCUCCAACUGAAGAGCUGGCUGAUGUCCGACCACAUGCAUCAGAUGCUGCACAACCUGACAUCCCCCCUUCAAGUAAUCUUAAACAUGAGGAGCCAGUUUGUUAUUCAGUUGCAGCAGUGCUUGGACCUCAACUGUUCAAACCUUUCCCUCAUUUUUUUUCAACUCCUGUAAGUCAAGAAUCUGGCAGUUCAGUCUCUGCAAACCAAAGCGAGGUUCCCUACUCUGUGGAUGCGGUUCUCAGGUCUUGUAAAUCAGUGGAAAAUUCUACCUUUAGACACACACCUAGCCCUCCUACUGCACAAACCGUGGCCUAUACCCCAAAAACUGACUUUUGCGAGAUCACCGAUCCUUUGCUAAGCUCUGAAACUCAAGAUGAUAAGGUCUUACAUUCUGUAAACACCGGAAAUGAAGUGAAAGAUUCCCAGGUAAAAUUAUUCAAGAGCCUGUCAUCCCUCCAAGUUCACACCAGUCAUCUUUCAAAGAACAGCCCUAGUCUUGCUCCGACCUCCAGGGAAAACAAGACACAAGGUGGCAAUAUGCCAAAAUCAAUGAAACCUGCUCAAAGAGCUGCUAAGGAAGUCAACUUGGGGUUGCUGCAUUCUCCUGUUACUGUAAUCGAGAAGUCUGUGUCAUCCAAAGGAGAUAUGAAAGUAUGCAUGCACCUACCUUUGGAUAUUGCUUGCUCCGACACCUGUAAAAGUGAAGGUGUUCUUCCUUUUGGAUGCACUAAUCGCAAAAGCAUUUUUUCACGGCCAUCAAGUCAGACAUCCACUUCCAAACAUCCCACACAGUUGAGGCCACAUCUUUCUGUUCUGACAUCUGACCCACAAACAUCAAAAAAGCCUUUUUCUCCUUCUUCAGGAUUCACAGACUUUAAAGUUGGAGCUGCUGUUUCGGUUAAACCUGUCACCAGCAGUUGUCGUUUUGUAGAAGAAAAAUCCAAGGAGACCCACCUGCACUCCAAAAAAACACAAUCUGUCCUCAACCAAGACACACAACAACCUCAUUCAACUGAAAACACAGCAGAGUGCAGCAGUAAAACAGCUCAUUGUGGUGAUUUGGCAGUUGGAUCUAAAAAGACCCUGAAAAGACCCUUUCAUAGCCUUUUUGCAGGCCCCAUUACUGACACUCUGCAGCCUAUAGAUGAUUCUGUACCAAGUUCCUCUUGUCCUCAAAGCUUCAUUCAAACACCCUGUCCGGCUCCACAGCCUGCAGGUUGCAGAAGUAAUUGUGGUAAAACUGCAGUUGAACCUGACAAAGCCCCUGCCAGGUCCUUCCUCAGCCUUUUUGCGGCCCCUCUCAGUGCUGCUCCUCUCCCAUGCAUCCAAUCUCAACCAGAUUAUUCAAGGACUUCCUCCUGCUCUCAACAGUCAAACCAGUCAGUAGAUAAAACACAUAAUUUAUCAAAUUCCAAACCAAGGGCUUCUGAUUUAGAGACACCUCUUCAACGGCAGGUUAGAACUGUCAAAACAAUCUCUUGUGCGUCAAGAUCCUCCUAUUCCUCUCCUAAUACUAAAAUAGAAAAUAAAGACCUCUCAACGGAGCACAUAAAUCAACCUACAAAGCAGCUGCUGAAUCCCGUCUGCAGCCGUGAUUCUCUCAGGGAGAUAUCAAACAGUCCAACUCCUUGUGGUAACAGUCCUUCUACAACCCAUGCUCAUCAGCAGCUGCCCAACAUCGCAUCCCACAAAGUAUCUGCAGUUGCAGACACUGAAAAUUCAGUUCUGAAGACUCUCUUCCUGUGCCUGAGCCCGUACCAACAGGAUGGAGAGCAACAGGACAGUAUUCAGAUCAGUGUCACUUCAGACUCUAGACUCCCAGUCCAACAGUCCACUGAGAAAACGGUUGCACAUUCAACAGAGCACCAGCCGUCUCUUCAGACUCCACAAAUCCCCUUGGAUGCAACAGGUGGAUCUCCCCUCAGCAGUCCAGGAACAACUGAACCUAAGGUGAGAAACUCUGGUACGCACAACAUGCCAUGCAAACCAGCAACGUCGCUGAUGCAGCACCACACCCGACCAAGACAGGAGCACGCAUCAGAAGAAGUACAGCGGGUAAAUGGGGAUGUGGUGGUCACACCACUAAAGGACCUUUUCAAGACUUUAGAAACCCCUGUUUUCCACUUCGGACAUUAAUAUUGAAUUACUUUUAUGCUAAUGAUCUUUAUUCAUUUUGCCUUGUGGUCAGUCAUGAUAACCAUGUUUUGAGAGCACACAUAUUUAAAUCUUGUUCUUUAUUUAAAGUCGACAGUCUUCUUUGUAUUUAUAAUUUUUAAGAGUUCUUUGUGCAAUAUCAAAAUUGUAAUAAUUAAAAAUUAAAAUACUUUUAAGUGUGUAUUACAUUUUACCUCAUCCAACAUUGCCUUCUAAUUUUUUUUUUAAGUUUUCAGUUGUACCACAAAUUGAUAGCACAUCCUUCUACUUAUAUUUGUUUUCAAUGUUUAUAAAAACAAUUUAGGGCUUUUAAAUCAAAUGGAAGAAUUUCCAAGACAUCAUUUUUUGAUUGAAUACACAUAAAUAUAUCAGGCACAGAUGUAAACAACGCUAGAGUUAAAUAAGGAUUCUGCUGGUUUAUUUAACAGAAUUAAUAUAAAGUACUCACAACUUCAAUGAUUUUCCAUUUGAUAACAUGUAUUGUUUGACUGUACAGAAGUUACCUAUCUUGAACAAUGGCAGAUAAAUGCAUACGUGUUCAUGCUUUGCAUGUGUUCAGGAAUGUUUGUGAUUUUCACUGGUAAUAAACGA